AUUCACUUUCAGUCAUUCAUUCGUAACCGCCGCGCCGACGACUUCAUUGAUAAUGUUGUUUGGGUUUUGUUGCAAUGGAAUCUGAUCAAAGCAGUCAGGGUUCAUCCUCGACCGGGAUUGAACUUGGAUUUCUAAAAAAUAUCGAUCACGAAGACCUUUGGAGACUACAUAGAUGCUACUUUCCUAGCAAACUGGGAGGAAAACCUGCCUGGUUGGACCCAAAGAACUUGCCUUCAACAGAAGAACUGAAAUGCCCAUCUUGUGGAAAACCAACAAUAUUCCUUCUUCAAAUUUAUGCUCCAAAUGAAAACCGAAACGCUUUUCAUAGAACUAUAUUUCUAUUCUGUUGCAAAACACCUUCUUGUUAUUCCACAAACUCAAAUGGUCCUUUUCGCGUUUUCCGGUGUCAACUAAAAAAAGAAAAUGCGUUUUACAGCUCUGAACCUCCAGACUACGAUUCAAGAACAUUUUCCCAGUCUUGCAUGAGCUACGAAAAUUUAUGUAAUAUUUGUGGAAACAAAGGAGAUAAAUUAUGCUCUAAAUGCAAACUUGUAGCAUAUUGUAGCCGAGAACAUCAAGUUUUAGGCUGGAAAAGUCAUAAGGUGAAAUGUGGCAACCCUGGAAGUGAUUCUGACGGAGAAAAUGAAAGUUCUUUAAAACUUCUCUACCCUGAAGAUGAAAUUAUAAUAGAAGCGGAAGAAAUUUUAGACGACUUGGACGACAUUAUAGAAAAUGGUGUUAAUGAGGAUUACGAAUCUGAAAAUGUUUCUCAAAAUCGAAGCUUUUCUCCGAGAGAAUUAGAGCAAUUUGCAGAUUAUAGUAUUGAAGAUAAUCAAUUUGCAGUUUUCAGAAAAACAAUAUCAAAUUCAUCGGAUCAAAUAUUGAGAUAUGAUAAAGGCGGCCAACCUUUAUGGUGUUCUGACGAAAACAAAAUGUUGUCUGAAAAGGUCCCGAAAUGUGAGAAUUGUGGGACUGUUCGUCAAUUUGAAUUCCAAAUUAUGCCCCAACUUCUGAAUCAUCUGAAUUUAGAGUCGAGUUUAGAUGGUCCGUGCAUAGAUUGGGGGAUAUUGGCAAUAUACUGCUCUAAUGAUUGUGUGUCUGAAAGUAUCAGUUACAUUCCUGAAUAUAUUCAUAAACAGGAUUUUUCACAUAAUGUUGGAGAUUGAUAUUAGAGUUAAAUUACAGGAAAGAUUUCCUAUUUUUCAGUUCGUUUUUAGUUUAUGGAAUUUUUUUGGUGCUUUUCCGAUUCGAGUUUUGUUUAAAAUUUGUUUGGUGUUUUAGUAAAAUGCAGAAUAAUAAAAUUAGGUGUUGUUUUUAUGGCAAAAUCAUAUUUGUUAUGUAUAUUAUAGUAGAAUUGAAUAUAUAGAAUGAUUUUUGCUGAAAAAUGAUCUAUUUAAAUAUUAUUUAAAAACUAUGAUUAAUUGAAGGAUUCUAUAGAAAUAGCAAAUUUUUGGAAAAUAUCAAAUUUUGAUAUGGGAAUUUUUUUAAGACUUCAAUUGCUAAAAAUGAUAAUUUUUCAAUCAAAACCAUCUUAAUUUAAUAUAAUAAAAGAAUUAGAAUAUUGAAUGAAAUCAAUUUCAAACUAUUUGCUUAUUUGAUCGAUGUGGACGUCCAUACUGUCCAUGUGUUCAAUAAUCAAUCCUAAGUUAUAAUACUAGUUUUUUGAUAUAAUUUGGUCUGUUUUUGAGUUUUAGUUCCAUUUACUCAACUGACUUUCAAAGAACUGGAAAGAGCUUGAGAACAUUGCCUGAGUUUGACCAAUUUAUAUUUCUUAUACAG